AUGGGCUGCUUACACGGCUAUGAAAUCAAUUUCAUUUUCGGAGAACCGUUCAAUAAGAGGUUCAAUUACUCUACUGAAGAGCAGGAGCUGAGUAGCAGGUUUAUGCGCUACUGGGCAAAUUUCGCUAGAACUGGGUGA